AUGUCAGUGCACGUGCGCUGAUGUUCUAGUCGGUGAAUUCGUUGUUCGCGUAAUCAGAACGGUUUCUGAUGGUGUUUUCGUUUUUCGGAACAGCUAAUUGAGCAAAGUUCAAACAAAUUAGUCGUAAUAUUAUAAAAUCGUGCUUAAAUUUAGCACAAAGAGGUAGCCAAUUUACAGGAGUUUCUAGUGAUGUGAUUAUUUUGGUUGUGUCCUUGGCCAAAUAUGAUCAAAUUCAGCCAGCGCUUGUCGCUUCGUGGUUUUGCGAUUCUGAACUCGACCCGGCUUCUUCAAAGUCGUCCCACCGUAGUUCCGUUGUGGGUAGCGUCACGCGGCAAGAAAGAUGACAGUGGACGCUUGUUUACUCCGGUUCCAAUCCGCCCAAACCCGGAUGACAUCAAUGUGGGCGCUGAGUUGACCGGAGGCACACUGGAUAAGGCCGAAAUGCUGAAAGUUAUUUUGAAGUUCAGUAACCGGAAGGAAAUCCGGUUCUUAUGUUUGGAAAAUGGAAUCGACUCGAAUUUGCAGCAGCAAGCGUUCACCAGUUUCCGAAGGUAUUGUAUGGAAACGGAUGCCUUGCCAGCGGAUUUACAUGUUGUGCUGAGCGACAUUCUGCAGGGUGCCGGGCAUGUGGAUGAUAUUUUCCCGUACUUUCUCCGGCAUGUGAAGCAAAUUUUCCCCCACUUGGAAUGCAUGGACGAUUUGAAGAAAAUUUCUGAUUUGCGGCAACCGGCAAAUUGGUACCCAAGUGCGCGGGGAAUCAAUAGGAGAAUAAUAUUCCAUUCGGGACCUACGAAUUCCGGGAAAACUUACCAUGCGAUGGAACGGUUUUUAUCCGCCAAAUCGGGUGUCUAUUGCGGACCGCUGAAACUGCUGGCCAGUGAGGUCUACAACAAAAGUAAUCAACGUGGAACGCCUUGCGAUUUGGUAACGGGAGAGGAGAGAAAAUUCGCGGAUCCAAACGGGAAUCCUUCUAAGCAUGUCGCGUGUACAGUGGAGAUGACGUCAAUCACCACGCCAUAUGAAGUCGCUGUGAUCGACGAAAUUCAACUGCUGAAGGACGUUGGUCGAGGUUGGGCAUGGACGCGUGCUCUUUUGGGUCUCAUGGCCGAGGAAAUUCACGUGUGCGGUGAGCCAGGAACGAUAGAUCUUUUGCAGAAAAUGUGCGAUACCACACAUGAGGCAAUAGAAGUUCGAAACUACAAACGACUGACAGCUUUGCACAUAGAAGAUCAAGCCCUCCAGACGCUGGAUAACGUCAUGGCCGGGGACUGUAUCGUAUGCUUCAGCAAAAACGAUAUCUACUCGGUGUCCAGAGAAAUCGAAGCACGUGGUAAAGAAGUGGCUGUUAUCUACGGCGGUUUACCUCCAGGGACGAAACUGGCACAGGCAGCGAAAUUCAAUGAUCCGGAGAAUAGUUGUAAAGUUUUGGUGGCAACCGACGCCAUCGGCAUGGGCCUAAACUUAAGCAUUCGAAGAGUGAUUUUUUACUCGAUCAUCAAACCAAAUGUAAACCAGAAAGGGGAAAAGGAAAUGGAUACAAUUUCAGUGUCGCAAGCGUUACAAAUCGCCGGUAGAGCCGGUCGAUAUGGCAUGAAGUGGGAGGAAGGAUUCGUGACAACGUACAAACCGGAGGAUCUUCCAACUUUGAGGAACAUUUUGAGUCAAACACCUGAACCUUUGACGCAAGCCGGUCUUCAUCCCACAGCAGAUAUGAUUGAACUUUACGCCUACCAUCUCCCAAAUGCUACCCUAAGCAAUCUGAUGGAAAUUUUCAUAUCGCUCAGCACGGUAGACGACUCCCUCUAUUUUAUGUGCAAUACGGACGAUUUCAAAUUCCUAGCUGAAACCAUUCAACACGUCCCACUUCCUCUUCGCGCUCGAUACAUCUUCUGCUGUGCUCCGAUCAACCGCCAAAUGCCAUUCGUAUGCUCCAUGUUCUUGAAGUACGCCAGACGCUACAGCAAAAACGAGCCAAUAACCUUCGAUUGGCUGUGCAACCAGUGUGGCUGGCCAUUCCAACUGCCUCGGACGAUAAUUGACCUCGUCCAUUUGGAAGCCGUCUUCGACGUUCUGGAUCUGUAUCUGUGGUUGAGCUAUCGUUUCCCGGAUCUGUUCCCUGACGAAAAACUGGUACGCGACAUCCAAAGAGAACUGGACGACAUUAUCCAGCAGGGUGUGUUCCAGAUCACCAAACUGCUGAAGAACUCGGAAACGGCUGUGUCCACCAACACCCCGGACGAGGACUCGUUCGUGAUGCGACAGAAGAAGAGCAAGUACUAUCGCGAAAACGUGCCUCGGGGGAAACUUACCGAGCGACUGUUGGCCCAGGGUUUGCUGACGCCGUCAAUGCUGCAGGAAUUGAAGGCCGAGUGGGAUCAUCAGGCGAAAACAAAAUCUGGCGCCGGAAUUGAUGACGAUGAUGAUGAUCCGUCCGGUAAGAAGGGAAGAAGAAAAACCAGAAAAUUUAAGUGAACCGUUGAAGCCUGGAUGAAUGCUGAGCUAGAAUAAAAAAUAAAGUUGGACCGUAUAAAUGA